UUAGAUAAUUUGCCCACAAUGGCACAGCUCCUAAAUGGUUUAAUUAGGGAUGGAGAUGUUUUUCCUGGAGAGUCCUCCGGGUUCUUCAGCACCUAGACCUCGGGCAGGGAGGUGGCAGGAUGACGUAGGAGACAGGGUAGCGCUACAGGAGCGAAGUGAGUUGGAAGGCGGAGUGAGCCAGAGCGGGAGCUGGACUGUCAUCCAUUCUUUCGAUUUCUGAGAAAUCAGCUCACACCCAUCACCAGCCUUUGAGAGUGGAGCCGGCGGUCAGGGAUCGCAGGAUGUACUUCAGCUGGGGCGCUGGCUCCCAGGGGCGAAAGCGCGGGCUGGCACGGGGUCCCAGGAGCGCCAGAGGCGACCAGCUCCUGCAGGCGGCUAGCGGGGAGCGCCACUCUCUGCUACUGCUGAACCACCAUGAGGUCCACUCUUUCGGGGACAACAGCCGGGGGCAGCUGGGCCAGAGGGGAGUGCCUCGCCGGGAGCGGCCAGAACUAAUUCAGGCAUUGGCAACUCUCCAUGUUGCUUUCGUGAGCUGCGGGAAGGAGCACUCUCUCGCUGUCUGCCACAGAGGAAGAGUCUUUGCAUGGGGAGCUGGUUCUGAAGGGCAGCUGGGGAUUGGAGAAAUUAAGGAAAUAAACUUUAUACCUAAGAAAAUAAAUGCUCUAGCUGACAUAAAAAUAAUACAAGUUUCCUGUGGACACUACCACUCCCUGGCAUUAUCAAAAGAUGGCCAAGUGUUUUCAUGGGGAAAGAACAGCCAUGGUCAGCUGGGCUUGGGGAACGAGUUCCCCUCCCAAGCCAGUCCGCAGAGGGUGAAGUCCCUGGAGGGCAUUCCACUGGCUCAGGUGGCUGCAGGAGGAGCUCACAGCUUUGCCCUGUCCCUCUGUGGGACUUCAUUUGGCUGGGGAAACAACAAUGCAGGGCAGCUGGCCCUUAGUGGGAAAAAUGUCCCAGAGCAAAGCUACAAGCCCCGUUCAAUUGGUGCACUGAAGAAUCUAGGUGUAAUUUAUAUCAGUUGUGGUGAUGAGCACACUGCAGUGCUUACUCAGNCUGGGCGGGUAUUUACAUUUGGAGACAACAGCCGUGGACAACUAGGACACAGUACCACUGCCAAGUCAAGAGGCCCACAACUUGUGAAAAGAAUUAACGGCUUAGUUUCACAGAUAGAUUGUGGAAGUUAUCACACCCUUGCAUAUGUCUAUACCACUGGUCAAGUGGUAUCUUUUGGUCAUGGACCAGGUUGCACAAGCAACCCAGCCCAUUCAGAAGCCACAACAGAGGACUUUGACAUGCGCUGCCUGAUUUCUGCCAGUGAUAAAGUCAACUGUCAGGUCCAGUUGAUAUUAUUCGCUCCAUUUUAUAGAAGGUUUUUUCCUUCCUGGGAGGAUGCUAGCUCAACAAGCGUUUCCAAGAAAAUCCUGCCAGAAAUAAGCCGAAUGAACCAGUCCCUGGCAGAAAAGUGGCUAGCAGUGAAGAUCGGAAGUAGUGAAUAUGAAGUGGCUAAAAGUGAAAUUGGAAUAAUAUUUUCAUCUCCUGCUUGUCUGACUGCAAGCUUUUUAAAGCAAAGAGGAACUGAAGAAAGGAUUUCCAUUGAUGUGGACUUACAAAUGGCAAGAGAUAUCUUCAAGAAGAUAACAAAAAAGGAAUGGAUUUCUUCCAUGAUGACUACAAGUCUCCGGGAUAAUCUACUACAAGCUCUCCCAUACCAUUCUCCACACCAGGAAGCUUUAUCAGUUUUUCUCCUGCUCCCAGAAUGCCCUGUGAUGCAAGAUUCUCAGAAUCAGAGCCUGGUGGUUUCAUUUGCAGAGGCUGUUUGUAAAAUGAGUAACCAAUCUUUACAAGUCCUGAGAAAGUGUUGGGCAUUGUCAGAAGCAUCUUCUCUGAACACACUGGUCCAGAUGCUUAAAACACCUAUUGCCUCUCAACUUCGUUUUCCCAGGCUAUUGAUGAUAGUGGAGCAGAAUCAUUUAAAUUUUAAAGCUCUUCUGGGAACAAUGAAAGAAGUACAUAAGGUCACAUGCAGUGAGAAAAACAAAUCUAACUGUCAGCUACCAGAAGAUACUUUCCACAUAAACGAGCUCUCUGAUCUGUUGGACUUUCGCGAAGAGAGACGAAAAUUGUUUGCUGAAUGUAAUAGCCUGGUUCCUGCAGACACCCCCAGUCCUAUUCCUUUCAGUGAUUUUCCAUUUAUCUUUAAUUUGCCAUGCAAAAUUAAAUUAUUGAAAGCUGAUGCAGAAAUUAAAAGGAUGGAGUCUUGGAUGCAAACAAUUCCGCCCGGAAAGAAUGGCUUGUUUACACUUAGAGUAAGACGAACUCACCUGGUUGAAGAUGCCCUGCGUCAGUUAUGUCAAGCUGAAGUCCCUGAUCUUCGGAAAUUAUUCGUGGUUGAGUUUAUUGAAGAAAUUCGUCCUGAGAAUGGAGGGGUCAGUUCAGAGUUCUUCCACUGUAUGUUUGAAGAGAUGACCAAGCCAAACUAUGGCAUGUUCAUGUAUCCUGAAAAGAAUUCCUACAUGUGGUUUCCUGUCAACCCCACAAUUGAGAAGAAGAACUAUUUCCUCUUUGGGAUACUCUGUGGACUCUCCCUGUACAAUUUAAAUGUUGCCAAUCUUUCUUUCCCACUGGCUCUGUAUAAGAAACUUCUCUGCAAAAAGCCAUCAUUGGAAGAUUUAAAAGAACUCAGUCCUCUUUUGGGGAAGUAAGUAAAUAUAUUAAGA